AUGGAGGGCAGGGGACUCAAAGCAUGCUCCUCAUCCACCGCAUCCACCGAUGUCGAAGCUGCAGAUCUUGAGGGCACGAAGCCCUUGCAGGAAGCUGAGAGAGAGCUGCAGAAGUCGGAGGAGAAAUCUGAGGAAAUUCCUACUACUAAACCAAAGCGUAAGAAGCAGAAGAUGACUCCUGAGAUCAAGGAAAUGAAAAAUCUGAGGGAAUCUUUCAAAGAGAUGACUGAAACUGUGAAAAAACUACAGGAGACUUUACUUGUACAGGCCGGUCUACCAGUGAUUUCCUUCAAGGAGAAAGGAACCACCCCAGUGGAGAAAAAUGAGGAGAAAUAUGAGUGCUGUUUCGAAAGUAAAGAGUCGGAUGUAAUGCACAGUAAGGAUCAUACCAUAUUCGUCAAGGGAUUUGAUCCUUCCCAAGCUAGGGAUGAUAUCAAGACCGCAUUGAGGGCGCAUUUUGGUACAUGUGGAAAAGUCACUAGGGUUUUUGUUCCCACACAGUGUAAAACCGGUGCUACCUUAGGAUAUGUUUUCGUUGAUCUGCAAAGUGGUGCAGACAAGGCCUUAAAACUCGCUGGAAGUUUGUUGGGAGGAUGGAGUCUUGAGGUUAUGAUGGCUAAAGACAUAUCGGACAUAUUCUAUGGACUCUCUAACUUGAAAGGAUGUCCACGUUGUUCGGUUAUUCUUCGACAACGCAUGCACAAGAGAUUCAUUACUACUCAUGGUGGUCGUUGCCUCACGCCCCAUUUCAAAUUCCCAUUGAAGAAGAAGAUCAAGGAGCCCUAG